AUUCUCUCGAGUUGCACUGGCGAUGGGUCUUUGCUUGUGUCCUUGUGUUUGGAAGCUCUGUAUAUGGCUUCCUUCCAGAAUCACUUCUACAAUGACAUACCGUGAUAUGUUGAGAUGAGGAGUGCAAUGAAUGGAGUCAGAGUUUACUGAAGAAGAAGAAGAAGAAGAAGAUGAAGAAGAAGAAGAAGAAGAAGAAGAAGAUAUGGCAGAGGCUGUUGUUUCUUUUGUGAUUCAAAGGCUUGGAAACUUGGUGCUUUCCGAAGCUCAAUUCUUGCAUGGAGUCAAACAAGAAAUUGAGAAUGCAAAGAUCAAGCUUCAAUGUAUAUGCGCUUUCCUAAAAGACGCAGAUGCUUUUGUAAGAGAUGGUAAUGAGACAGUACGACUUUUGGUUGUCAAAGUUAGAGAUACUUCUUAUGAUUUGGAGGAUGUUAUUGAAACUUACGUCUUCAAAGUGGCUUCUAAUGAGACUGCUGGACUUACCAAACGUGUACUGAAAGGGGUUGUUAGCAGUUAUGAUGUCCAUAAAGUUGGAUCAAAGAUAAAGGAUAUCUCUUCCAACAUUGAUACUUGGACUUCAGAAUUACGGAAGUAUGGAGUAAAGGAAUCAAUGAACAAGGCAGCUGAAAGUUCUUCAAGACUCAACUGGGAGCAAAGAGACUUGAGGCGAGUUUAUUCUCAUGUUGUGGAGAAUGAUGUUGUUGGAUUCGACAAAGACAUCAAAUAUUUGGUAGCCCUUUUGACUACGAAAGAGAAUCAUUGUAGUCAUAGGGUGAUCUCUGUAUGUGGGAUGGGUGGUUUGGGGAAGACUACCCUUGCAAAAAAGGUCUAUCAUCAUCCUCGUGUCAGGACUCACUUUGAUUGUUUUGCUUGGGCCUCAAUAUCUCAACAAUGUGUAGUGCGAGAAGUAUGGGAAGGAAUUUUAUUUGGUUUGACUUCUCCAACACAAGAAGAAAGGCAGGAAAUUAAAAACAUGGGGAAUGGUGAAAUAGCAAAAAAGCUUUACAACCUUCAGAAACAGAAGAAAUGUUUGGUACUCCUCGAUGAUAUUUGGACCCCUUCAACCUGGGAUCGUCUGAAAGCUGCAUUCCCUGAAGACGAAACCAAAAGCAAGAUUUUACUCACAACUCGAAUAAAGAAUGUUGCUUUGCAUGCAGAUCGAAAUGCUUUGAUUCAUGAACUUACGUGUCUCGAUGAGAAUGAGAGUUGGGAGCUAUUUCAGAAGAAGUCCUUUUGUUUUGAAAAGGAUCCAACAAAUAUUACAAGAAUGGAAGAGCUAGGACGAGAAAUGCUUACACACUGCUCAGGUUUGCCAUUAGCCAUUGUCGUACUCGGUGGAAUUCUGUCUAUGAAACACACAGUUGAGGAGUGGGAGGAUAUGAGAAAAAAUGUGAUGACAUACAUAACUAAAGGCAAAAAGCAUGGGAGCUCGGAAUGUGAAGGUGUUUUAUGGAUAUUAGGUUUGAGUUACGAUGAGUUGCCAUUUUACUUGAAGCCUUGCUUUCUCUAUUUAGCUCAUUACGCUGAAGAUGCCAUAAUAAAAGUAAAUGAGCUAUGCCUUAUGUUGAUAGCAGAAGGUUUCAUAUCACCAAGAGGAAGUUCAACAGACAUGAUUGAGGAUGUGGCAUAUGAUUGGUUAAUAGAGUUGGUGGAGAGGAGCAUGAUUCAAGUAGAAAGUAAGAGUUCAAUAGGAAGAAUGAAAACAAUGCGCAUUCAUGAUCUCAUGCGAGAGUUGUGCUUGUCGAAAGUUGAAGAUGAAAACUUCAUACAGCUCAUUGCUUCGAGUAAUGUAGAGAAAAAGCCACUAAAAUCUGUAUCCGAAGGCGCAAGGAGAGUUGCAAUUCAUAACCAUAAUUAUGAAGACUCUCUUAAUUUUACUAAUGAUGUAAGUGACUCUCUCAGGUGUCUUAUUGUUAUAGGAGGUGCGCUUAGUAAACAAGAAUUGGGAUCUACUUUCAAUCGAUUUCGCAAGCUUAGAGUUUUGAAACUUGAUAUCCAUAAGACAUUGGAGUUGCCUGAAGAAAUUGGGAAGCUUAUUCUCCUAAGGUUGUUUUGUAUUAACCAUAAGGAUGGCAGUGCUAAGUGUGAUAUUCCGUCUUCUAUUGGCAAUUUAAGAUGCCUGCAGACUUUAAAGUUAAAAUGUUCUCUUGGGAAGGUACCAAAUGUAAUGCGGAAGUUGGAUCAAUUGAGGCAUUUAUACUUGUUCGACACUUGUAGCGAACCACCUAAUGAAUUGUUGAGGUUAUCUAAUCACACAAAUUUACAAACGUUAGGUGUUAGAGCGGCGUACCUUGAUAAGAAUGAAUUUUUGAAGUUGACAAAUCUCAAGAAGUUAAAGAUUGGCGUGGAUGCAAAUUUGGGGACAAUUUUCCAUGAUCCCCCAACUGCAACAUUCCAUUAUCUUCAGGAUCUACACAUACUAGACACUGAAUAUUCUAAUACUCAGCGUACAAUAGAUAUUGUUCCUAUAAUAUUAAGCUGCCCUCAAAUUUAUAAGCUUACAUUGUGGUCGCGUAUAGUGAGAUUACCAGAAGAUAGGCAAUUCUGGCCAAGGCUUGUUGAGUUAGAGUUGCGUGGAUGUUUUCUUAAGGAUGAUCCAAUGCCGAUCCUAGAAAAGCUAUCAAGUUUAAGAGUCCUUUACUUAUGGAAGAAUAGCUAUGUUGGGAAUGAGAUGGUGUGCUCGAAAGGAGGUUUCCCUCGACUGGAAUCUCUUUGGAUUAUGGAUUUAUCAAGCUUAGAAGAGUGGAAGGUGGAGGAAGGGGCCUUGUCUAGUCUUCACUUUUUGAAGAUCACUGGCUGCAGGAAAUUGAGGAGAGUUCCGAAUGGAUUAAGAAACAUUACUACGCUUCAGGAAAUGGUGAUUCAACGUAUGCCUAAGAAAUUUAUAGUAAGGGUGGAGGAAGGCGGAGAGGAUUUCCAUAUAGUCGAGAAUGUGUCUUCUCGUGCAUUUCUCCACUGUUAUUGAGGGUGAGACUGAUAGAAGACGAUGAGUUGGAGUAGUAACGUUGUGAUGGAGGAGGAGGAGGAUCUCUACUCUUCCCGCAAUUAAUUAAUUAAAUGUUGAAUAAUGUUUGGAUUGUGUAUGUGUUGGCGUGUUUUACUUUCGUGUGGCUUAUUUGUUGCAUAAUGUUUGGAUUGUUUGAUUGUGUGCUUCUACAGUUUUAAUGUUUCAUUCAUAAGUUACUAUAUUUUGGGUGGAGGUCAUAUCUCUACUUUUCUAUGAAAUGUAUGUUAUUUUCAUAAGCAAAAAGCAUGUCUUUGGGUGGUA